AUGGCGUCAGCACCCAAAGAACUCGAACGUCACGGUCCGACAGAAGGCUUAACUUUUAAACGUUCUCAAGCCGAACAGUUAUUCAAACAUUGUCUGAAUAAAAGAAUCAGUUGGUAUGAGCCAAUCGAAGAGGGUUUGAAUAAUUUUCUUGCUUUUGUUGAUUGCGAGAACGAUACACAACGAUACGUUUUAAAAAUCCGUGGUGCGUGUUGUGAAAAAAUCAAAACUGACUCCGAAGUUACCGCGAUGGCGCUCGUUGCAAAACACACAACUUUACCGGUCCCGAGAGUGGUCGCGUAUUCGUCCGACAAAACAAAUGAAUUCGGACUCGAAUGGAUUGUGAUGACGCGUACCGAAGGCAAACCACUUCGAACAUCGAGCCAUGAUAAUGAUAUCUGGACGAAAUUAUCCAUGGAAAAGAAAAAAUUGAUUAUCGAUGAACUUGUCGGUUAUGUCAAACAAAUCCAUUCUCAGAUACCAUCAGCGCCGUUAAUUGGAAAUUACAAAGCUGAUGGUACCAUUGGAUGUGAUAAUACUCGUAAAGGUCCGUGGAAGAAUUAUCGAGAGUAUUUCAAUGAUCAAUUAAAAGAUAAAAUCGAAAUUUUGACAAAUGACAACAUUUUUGCACCGGUUCGCGCCGAUGUACUUCAAGCAGUCAAAGAAUUUCAAAGUUUAACUCUUCCGUCAUUUGACGAUCUACCAAAUGUGUUUACCCACAAUGAUCUUGGUUUGCAGAAUUUAACGGUAACGGAUGAUUUACAAAUUCGAGGCAUUCUCGAUUGGGAAUGGUCAGGUUCGUAUCCAAUUGUCGAAGAAUACUUUCGUUCGUACAAACCAAUUGUGUAUGAUGAACAAACACGAACUUAUCUGUUCGAUCAACUAGACAAACAACAAAUUCCGACUCCGCGAACAAUACCACGGUUUUCACUGCUGAGAAAACUUUAUGAUUUACUACAAGCAAUUGUACCAUGGUAUUUGACGAGUUUGGCCAAUCCAGAGCACCCGACAGUGGAAAAAGAAUUGAUUAAAAAUCGAGAUAAAGUGAAGCAACUUGUGAAAGAAAUUCGAGAAGAAUUGCAAUAA